CACUCGGGGGGGAAAGUGCAGGAGGAGCUGCGCAGACAGAACCACCGUGUUCCCCCGCCGCGGCUGGAUGGAGCCUCCCGUCAAACAGCCCCACAACACCGUUCCUGUGGGGCUGUCCGGAGACGGGAUGGAGCAGUGCACGAAGCGGAUCCGGAAGCCCUCCCUGCUGUACGAGGACUUCGAGAGGCCGUUCCUGCCGCUGUCGUCGGCCCACGCGCCGCCGGCCCCGCCCCAGCCGCCCGUCAAGGACCCGAGCUGCGGCGGCCGCCUCACCAACCAGCUGCAGUACCUCCACCACGUGCUGCUGCGCUUUCUGUGGAAGCACCAGUUCGCCUGGCCCUUCCGCGAGCCCGUCGACGCCUACAGGCUCAAUCUGCCGGAUUAUCACACAAUCAUCAAACAGCCGAUGGACAUGGGCACCAUCAAAAAACGCCUGGAGAAUAAUUAUUACCACGAGGCCAGUGAGUGUAUCCAGGACUUCAGCACCAUGUUCACCAACUGCUACAUCUACAACAAGCCCACAGACGACAUUGUGCUGAUGGCCCAGUCCCUGGAGAAGAUCUUCCUGCAGAAGGUCGCAGACAUGCCCGAGGAGGAGAUCGAGCUGCCGACGCCCGCCCCCCGCAGCCGGAGCGGCCGAGGACGAGGACGCCGCGCCAACAGCAGCAGAGCUCAGCAGGUCCCGGCCGUGUCCCAGUCGGCCUAUUCACCCUCCUCCUCCGACACCGGGGACUCCACCCUCCCCAACUCCCCCACCACAGUCCUGCCCAAGAACCUGCCCCAGAACCUGCCCCCGGCCCCCAUCCUGAGCAUGCCCCACCCACAGCCCAGCACCAAGAAGAAGGGCGUGAAGCGUAAGGCGGACACCACCACCCCGUCCACCGUGGGCCUGUCCGUGAGCCUGGCCCCGGAGCCGCACAUGGUGGGCCUGGGGAAGGGGGGGCACCGGGGCCGCGAGGGGGGUCUGCUCCCCUUCCCCCACCUGGACGGCCUGGACGCUCCGUCCGGGAUCAGUCCCGUCCUGAUCCAGUCCAUGCUGGGGGGUCCCGGGCGCAGGGUGGGCAGCGGGCGCCCCAUCAAACCCCCCAAAAAAGACCUGCCCGACUCCAUCCAGCCCCAGGCCUCCAGGAGGAUCAAACUGAGCACCCGACUGCGCUACUGCAGCGGCCUCCUCAAGGAGAUGCUCUCCAAGAAACACGCCCUGUACGCCUGGCCCUUCUACAGCCCCGUGGACGCUGUGGCCCUGCAGCUCCACGACUACCACGACAUCAUCAAGUGCCCCAUGGACCUAAGCACCAUCAAGAGGAAGAUGGAUUGCCGUGAGUACAGUGACGCUCAGCAGUUUGCCAGUGACGUCAGACUCAUGUUCUCCAACUGUUACAAGUACAACCCCCCCGGACACGACGUGGUGGCCAUGGCCCGAAAGCUGCAGGACGUGUUUGAGUUCGGCUUUGCUAAGAUCCCAGACGAGCCGGCGCUGGAGUCCACCGCCACCUCCCUGAGCGCCCCGCCCUCCUCCUCUUCCUCCUCCUCCUCCUCUUCCUCCUCCUCUUCCUCGGAGAGCGAGCCCAGCACAGAGACGGAGGAGAGCGAGAGCAGCCCCAGUGAGGACAGUGAGGAGGAGCGGGCCCAGAGGCUGGCGCAGCUCCAGGACCAAGUCUGCACUCAGCUGAGGGCCGUGCACGAGCAGCUCGCCGCUCUGUCCCAGGGGCCCGUGGUCAAACCCAAGAGGAGACGAGAGAAGAAGGAGAAACGCGACAAGAAGAAGAAGAAGAAAGGCAAGAGGGGCCGGGGGGGCCGCAGCAGGGCCGGAUCAGAGGAGUGGAAACUGCCCAGUAAGAAGAGCAGGUCUGCGAGGGGCCCCCAGAGCCACAGGCCCCCCCCCAAGAAGAGCCGCACCAAAAGCGUCUCCAAAAAGCCUCUGUACCCGCCCGUGCUGCCCUCGCCCGUGCUGCCACACUACGACUCGGAGGAGGAGGAGGACCUGGUGCCCAUGACCUACGACGAGAAGAGACAGCUCAGCCUGGACAUCAACAAACUGCCCGGGGAGAAGCUCGGCCGCGUGGUCCACAUCAUCCAGAGCCGAGAACCGGCCCUGAGGGACACCAACCCCGAGGAGAUCGAGAUCGACUUCGAAACGCUCAAACCCUCCACCCUCAAGGAGCUCGAGCGAUACGUGCUGUCCUGCCUGAGGAAGAGACCGCGCAAGCUCUCGCACCACACAGGCAAAAGCUCCAGUCUGGGCAAAUCUAAAGAGGAGCUGACUCUGGAGAAAAGGCGAGAGCUGGAGCGUCGACUGCAGGACGUCAGCGGACAACUCAACAUCGUCAAGAAACCCUCGAAGAACCAAGCGGAGAAGAGCGGUGCAGGGGACCCGGAGCCACAGCCCGCUCGCCUCAGCGGCAGCAGCUCCAGCUCAGACUCUUCAUCCUCGUCCUCGGCGUCGUCUUCAUCAGACACCAGUGACUCAGACUGAAGCUCGUCAGACUCUUUUUUUAUAAAGAACAGACUCGAAAAACUCGAGUGGAGGAAACGACUCCACAGGUCUGAGCCUCCUCUCAGGACGAGUGAACCUCGUGUGCUCUGAACGGGGAGCGGGAGGCAGGGGGAGGAGUCGGGGUCAGGAUCAGGGGGAGGGGUCAGGGGAGCACCUAUGUUUACCGUGAAUUACUACUUUACCUUGUCCUGUGUGACAGUAAUGACCUUUUACCUGCAGCUUUUGCAGCUUUUCCUCAAGGUGAGUUUGGUCCUGAUGUUUGUACUGCCCCCCCCCCAACCCCCAA